AUGGCAAGUCCGUGUUGUAUCGAACCUGGUGCAAAACAAACACAUGUAUCAGAAGGUCAAGAAGUAGAAAUAGCAAAUUUAAAUACAUACAAAACAGGCCAAGGAAAAUCAGCUAUUGUAAUAUUUACUGAUAUUUUUGGUUAUGCUUUUGCUAAUGUUCGAAAAGUAGCUGAUUGUUUUGCUAACGAAACGGGUACGACAGUUCUUAUUCCGGAUCUUUUCAAUGGCGAUUCAAUAGAUGACAAUAUACCCAAUUUUCGAGCUUUAUUACCUGACUGGAUAAAAAAGCAUUCUCCAGCUGAAGCGUGUCCAGUUGCAGGAAAAUUCAUUUCAACUAUUAAAGGACAUUAUGAAUCAAUUCAAGUAAUUGGUUUUUGCUAUGGUGCUAAAAUAGCAGUUUAUUUAAUAACUCAUGAAGAAUUAACAUCAACAAUAAAAGCAGCUAUUGUAGCACAUCCAGCGUUUUUAACUAAAGAAGAAGCUACACAAAUAAAACGACCAACUCUCUUUUUAUGUGCAGAAACCGAUCAUACAUUUUCACCUGAACUGGAAGAAUAUUAUAAAAAAGAAUUAACUACAACUGGUUUUGGAACAUUUAUUAAAUAUCCUGGUACUGUUCAUGGUUUUGUUACCCGACCAGAUGGUUCUCAACAAUCCAAUGAACAAAGUGAAAAAGCUAAACAAGAUGCAAUUGAAUAUUUCAAAAAGAAUAUCUAA